AUGACCUCCCAUGUGCUGCCGGACAGCCUGCACUGGGACAUUCCCCGUCAUGCGGAGCUGACCGUUACCUCCAACUUCACUUUCCUGCGCGGGGCGUCCCACCCGGAGGAACUGGUGACGCGGGCUGCCGAGCUCGGACUUGAGGCGAUUGCCAUCACCGACUGGAAUUCGCUUGCAGGGGUCGUCCGGGCCUAUUCGGCGCUGAAGGAGAUCAGGCGUGCGGCGAACGAGGAAGGCGUGCCGGUACGGUCCCACUCGCAGAUCGAUGCUUCUUCCCGGCAACAGAUAAACGGGAUCCCGCCCCUGCCCGUACCGCAAGUCCUGAAACUGCCGCGGCUGAUCGUCGGCGCACGCCUGGUGCUUAUGGACAGUCCUGUCGAUUUCGUCGCCCUGCCGACCAACCGGGCGGCUUAUGAACGGCUCAGCCAACUGCUCACCCUCGGCAAGCGGCGAGCGGAAAAGGGCGACUGCCAUCUGGAAUUUCAGGACGUCGUGAAGUUCUCCGAAGGCCUGCUCUUCAUCGCGCUGCCCCAGGGAGACCAUACACGGAAUGCAUUUUCUGAGACGGCUAAAGAUCAUAUCCGUACCCUUCGCCAGGAAGUUCCGGGCCAUGUUUUCCUGGGUGCCGCGCCGCGCUAUGACGGCACCGACCAGGCCUGGUUCAGCACCUGCGCGAAAGCUGCACAUUCGCUGGCAACGCCGAUGGUCGCGGUCGGUGAUGUCCUGAUGCACCAUGCCGGACGACGGCGGCUUGCCGAUGUGCUGACCUGCCUGCGCGAAGGCUGCGCCAUCGACGAGAUCGGCACCCGCGCCCUGCCCAAUGGCGAGCGGCGGCUGAAAUCGGCUGCCGACAUGACCCGUCUCUACCGCCAUCAUCCGGCGGCCCUCCGGCGGACGGUCGAGAUCGCGACCCGCUGCAGCUUCGACCUUUCCGAGCUGUCUUAUGAAUAUCCGGACGAGAUCACCGACGGGGAGAACCCGCAGGACCGGUUGGAGCGGUUGACCUUCGAGGGUCUGGAGAUGCGUUAUCCCGCCGGUGUUCCGGAACAUGCACAAAAGCUGGCGCGAAAGGAACUGAGGCUGAUCGCAAAGCUCAAGUUCGCCGCCUAUUUCCUGACCGUUCACGACAUCAUCGGCUUUGCCCGCAGCCGGCAUAUCCUGUGCCAGGGGCGCGGUUCGGCGGCCAAUUCCAUCAUCUGCUACGCGCUCGGCAUCACCGAUGUAGGUCCGGAAACCAUCACCAUGGUGUCGGAGCGCUUCAUCUCCGAGCACCGGGGCGAACCGCCGGAUAUCGAUGUCGAUUUCGAGCAUGAGCGGCGCGAAGAGGUGAUCCAGUAUGUCUAUGAGAAAUACGGACGCCACCGGGCCGGGCUCUGCGCCACGGUGAUCCAUUUCCGCACCCGCGCGGCGAUCCGCGAAGUCGGCAAGGUGAUGGGGCUCAAUGCCGAUGUCACCGCCGCCCUUUCCGGCCAGAUCUGGGGCAGUUCCAACAGCGGGCCGGACGAUGCGCGCAUGAAGGAACUGGGGCUGGAUCUUACCAACCGGCGCGUGAUCCAGACCAUCGAGCUGAUCCGCGAGAUCAUCGGUUUUCCCCGCCAUCUCAGCCAGCAUGUCGGUGGUUUCGUGAUCACGCAAGGGCGGCUCGACGCGCUUUGCCCGAUCGAGAACGCAGCCAUGGAAAACCGCACGGUGAUCGAGUGGGACAAGGACGAUAUCGACGCGCUCGGCAUCCUCAAGGUCGACAUGCUCAGCCUCGGCAUGCUGACCUGCAUCCGCAAAUGCUUCGACCUGAUCGACACCCAUCACGACCAGGAAUUCACACUCGGCACCGUGCCCCAGCACGACACCGGCACCUAUGACAUGCUGUGCAAGGCCGAUGCGAUCGGCGUCUUCCAGGUGGAAAGCCGGGCGCAAAUGAAUUUCCUGCCGCGCAUGCGCCCGCGCGAAUUCUACGAUCUCGUCAUCGAGGUGGCGAUCGUCCGUCCCGGCCCGAUCCAGGGCGGCAUGGUGCACCCCUAUAUCAACCGCCGCCAGGGCAAGGAGCCGGUCUCCUUCCCUUCAAGAGAGUUGGAGGAAGUGCUCGGCAAGACGCUCGGCGUGCCGCUUUUUCAGGAACAGGCCAUGCAGAUCGCGGUCGUUGCCGCCGGUUUCACCCCGUCGGAGGCCGACAAGCUGCGCCGCUCCAUGGCGACCUUCCGGCGGAUGGGCACGAUCGGCCAGCUCAGGGAGAAAUUUCUCGCCGGCAUGCUCGAGCGCGGUUAUGAGCUGGAAUUCGCCCAGAACUGCUUCAGCCAGAUCGAAGGCUUCGGCGAAUACGGUUUUCCGGAAAGCCAUGCGGCCGCCUUUGCCAUGCUUGCCUACGUCUCGGCCUAUCUCAAAUGCCACUUCCCGGCCGAGUUCGCCUGUGCGCUUUUGAAUUCGCAGCCGAUGGGCUUUUAUGCGCCGGCGCAGAUCGUGCGCGAUGCGCGCGAACAUCAGGUCGAGAUCCGGCCAAUCUGCGUCAACACGAGCCGCUGGGACAAUACGCUGGAACGGCGCAGCGACGGCGCGCUCGCGCUGCGGCUCGGCUUCCGCCAGAUCAAGGGCAUGCGCGAGGAAGACGCGGACUGGAUCGUGGCGGCACGCGGCAACGGCUAUCCCGAUACCGAAACCCUGUGGCUGCGAACCGGCGUACCGCCCGCAACGCUGGAGCGCCUUGCCGAAGCCGACGCCUUUGCCGGCAUGGGGCUCAGCCGCCGGGAUGCGCUCUGGCAGGUGAAGACCAUCCGCAGUCCGAAGCCGCUGCCGCUUUUCAACGACCCGAUCGACGGCGAGGCGAUCUUCGAACCCGAUGUCCUUCUGCCACAGAUGCAUCUCGGCCAGGAGGUGGUGGAGGAUUAUCUGUCCACCCGCCUCACCCUGCGUGCCCAUCCGAUGGAGCUGUUGCGUCCGCAUAUUCCAGGUCUCACACCGCACGACCGGCUGGCACGGCUCACGCCAUACGAGGCACGGCGCGUCUCCGUCUCGGGCCUCGUCAUCACCCGCCAGCGCCCCGGCACGGCCUCCGGCGUCAUCUUCAUAACGCUGGAGGACGAGACCGGUGUUUCCAACGUGGUCGUCUGGCCGAAGAUGUAUGAAAAAUACCGCGCCGCCGUCAUCGGCGGGCGGCUGUUGAAAGUCACCGGACGGCUGGAGCGUGAGGGCAUCGUGGUGCACCUGAUUGCCGAUCAUAUCGAGGACUGUUCCAACCGCCUCGCCCUGCUCGGCCAUCCCAAUGACGAGGUGCUGGGCCAGAUGACGGCCAAGACCGACGAGGUUCCCGUCCACCUCAAGUCAGACGCGCCGAAACCCAGAGCGAUGCAUCCGCGGGACCAGGCGAAGAAACUGUUCCCGAGCCGGGAUUUUCAUUGA